AUGGCGACGCCGUCGCUGGGGCCGGAGAUCUUCUUCCGCGGCUUCCGCUUCGACCCGAAGCCGCUCGAGGCCGCCACCUACUACCUGCCGCAGCUCCUCGCCGGCGCGCCGAUGCACGAAACCGUCCGCCCCUUCAUCCACCACGCCGACGUCUACGCCUGCGAGCCCGGCGAGCUCGCCCGCCAGUUCCGCCCGCUGCCCAGAACCGGGCACCGCUUCUUCUUCACCCACUGCAAGCUCCAGCAGCCGCACAGGGCGGGGAAGGCCAGCAAGGCCACGCGCGCCGCCGGCGCAGGGUCGUGGCACUCGCAGAGCGUGACGGACAUCGUGGACGGCAAGCAAGUGAAGGCCGGCGAGAUGAGGAAGCUGCGGUACAAGAAGGGCGGCGCGUACACGGACUGGCUCAUGGACGAGUACUCGUGCUGCUUGCAGGACGCCGUCGUCGGCGACAGGCAGUACGUGUUCUGCAACAUCUACGUCUCCCCGAGGGCCGCUCCAGGCUCCGCGGCGCGCCAAGAAUCCGCUGCCUUCUUCGCGCCACCUGCGCCCGUCGUGAUCGCGCAGGCGCCGCCGCCGCCGCCCAAGAGGCCAGCGAUGAAGGCCCUAGAUGAGGUGGUGCCGACCGCCGAAGCGGAGGAAGCGCCUGCAAACUCGAUGAUGACUGACGACGAGAUGGAGCAGCAUUUGCUCUCGUUGUUGGACGACGAUGAUCAUAUCUUGUAG